AUGUUGAAGCGCAGUAUUGUCUCCAUAUCCAUCUUGCUCAUGCUUGCGUCCGCGGUGACGUCGACCAGAGUGACGUGGGCGCAACCUAAAGCGGGCUGCAACCUGCUGAACACCCCUUUCGACGAUGAGGCCGCCAGGAAAGACUGGGUGGGAGCUUGCUCUGACAUCUACAAGGGCGUGUUCGGGUUCAAUCCUCAAGGAGGAAAGACCGCCGAUGUGUAUUGCUUCGACGCGACCAAGAGGCAAGCCAACGGAAAAGCCGUAGAUUAUGUCUCAGGUGUUGCCGACUAUCUUUGUUGGCCGACUAUCUGA